AUGGCGCCUCCCAAGAAAUCAAAGAAAAGCAAGAAAGAUAGGAAAUUGAAGAAAAACUUAAGCUUUGUUCCAGUCGAGCCUAAAGCCGCAGACUCUGACUGGUGGGAUAGUUUCUUCAACCCAAGACUUGGGGAAUAUACAGACAUAGAAACACAUACUCGGGCUUUGCUUGUUGUAAUAGACUAUGAAGCCGCAAUUCACCUCUGGAAGGUUGACAAGUUUGACUGUGUUGUCUGCGUGAGUGCCUAUAUCAACGUCGUUUUUGGCAGCGUUGAAAUUGGACUAGUCUUAGCGGGUACUUUUGUUUGUGGAAAGGCCAGUGACUUUUGUUCAAGGAAACCUUCCGAAUUCCAUGGCACACAGGUUGGAGAGAACUUGAUGAAGGCAUCGUUGUACUUGGGACUUGCAUGA